AUGCCACCACUUGCAGCAUCUCAACUCCCUUCAGAGGUAUGGGUUCACGUGUUCAGAUUGCUGUCAAAAUCGGACAAGCUGCGCAUUCGCUCAUGCUGCAAGUAUUUCAAACGCCUAGUAGACCACUGGUCCCUGUGGAGAAAUGAAACGGUUGUGCUGAAGAAACUCUGCGCCUACAGCCCGGAGUUCUGGACUAUACUUCGGCGCCGAAAGACCAGCAGUGUGGUAGUGCGAAGUGCAAGUUUCAAAGACUGGAAACAGCUACGUCGUUGUCUUCCAACACUAGCCACCAUCGUCAUAGAGGACGGAUUCGUAAAGGAAAUAAAUGAGAUUUUAAAUGGAUUUCCAGAUUUGAGGAGCUUGUCCAUAAGGCGUUGCCGUUUCACUCGAGCCUAUGAUCGCAUGACUACCCCCCUACAGUUGACCCAUUUCACUGUGUGUGAAGUCUGUGCCCAAAGGUCUGAAAUCGUUAAUGUGGUGACCACGUUUAGCAAUCUGACAUCUUUGUCCUAUCACAUGCAACGCUUCCCUACACCAAAGGACACAUUCCAUGACAUUCUCACUCAUCUGCCUCACUUAAAGCACCUGUCUCUGAGAAUGGGAAGAAUGUUUGGUACUCUACCAGAUGACUACUUAUGUCCUGGAAAACAAAGAGAGUCCUCAGAAGACAGACCUCAAAUGGGACCAGCCCUGACCAGCUUAGAGAUCCUGGACUAUACUGAUCCCACUCUCUCCCAGAAUGCCUUUGUGGGACUGGCAUCUUUGCGGAGCCUAGCAGUGUUCUACAAUGCUUGUGUAGUGGACAAUUAUGAAGACAGAAGGCAGGCUACAUGGCUGACUUCUCUGCCUGGCCUGACCUCCCUGAGCAUCAUCGACGGCCCGGAUGUACAGAAAUAUGGCGACUCAGUCCCAGGCAGUUUGACCAGUCUGACCUUACGAGUGAAGGUGGAGACAGUGGACCUGCAAACUCUGGCUACCCGGGUCCCAGAUCUCACCUACCUCCAUCUGGAACCACGAGGCUACAGUAACAGUUAUGGCAACAUCAUCAGAACCAUUCCCAAACUGUUCCCCAAGCUGAGGACACUCAAAAUUCGACACCAGUGGGUGCCAGAGAGUGACCUUGUCAGCCUGCAGCAGCUGCAACAUCUGGAGCGCCUGGAGAUUCUGGACAGCCCGUCUCAGCCCAGUCCACUGCUGCUGGAUGUGAUUCAGAGACUACAGACCAUGACCUGCCACAGGAUCCAGGUGGUUCACUCCCCCCCGACGCCAAAUGUCCUGACUUGCGACUGCGCUCAACUGUAAAUCAUGAUUAAUGAUAUGUUUUAGAUAUUCUUUGUGGAAGAAAUAUAUUUAUUUGUAAUAUAAUAUGCUUGACUUGCACAUGUGUAUGUGGUGUUUGUUCCUUCUGCAUCAAGCUGUCUUACACUGAAUGCCCCCUAGAGAGCAGCAAACACAUGUUUGAGAGGAAGACUUGUCUGUUUGUGGUGCUUUGAGUCAAGAUACACACAUCUACCAAACUGCAUCUAAUCAGGAGCUUGGAGGCACAGUUAAUAUAUUCCUGCACACAUCCCUCUUCAGUGUAAACUGGCCAUUUCCCAAUAAACAAGACGGUUGGUGGUAACGUGUAAAUAAA